CCAUGUCCAUCAGUCUCUUGAAGCUAAAAAAAGAAAAGCUCAUAUCAAGAAUCCUUGGAGACAUGGCUUCAAGAGCUCCAGCCUCCGCUGCCCUUCUCCUCACCUUCAAUCUCCUCUUCUUCACUUUGGCGAGCUCUACCUAUUGCCCACCACCAAACCCAAAAGGCCAUGAUGCAACUCAACCAAUCAAGCCAUCGCCAACACCAAUUACGGGUCGUUGCCCAAAGGACACCUUAAAGUUGGGCGUUUGUGUCGCUCUGUUGAAAGAUUUGUUGAGUGUUACAGUUGGAACCCCACCUAAGACUCCUUGCUGCAGCCUUAUCGGCAAUCUUGUUGAUCUGGAAGCCGCUGUUUGCCUUUGCACUACAAUCAAAGCCAGUGUCCUGGGCAUUAACUUAAACCUUCCUGUGAACUUGAGCUUGUUGCUUAACUACUGUGGGAAGAAGGUUCCUGAAGGAUUCAAGUGUGCAUAAAUGCAUUCUGUCUCUGCUUAUUUCUAGUUUAUCAUUUCAUGUUGUAUGUUUCAGUUUCUUGGAUUUGUUUUUUCCCAUUUUGUUGGCUCAUGCCGUAAGAAUUUAAGCAAUAAUUUUCUAAUGGUAAUUUUUCUUUCAUGGAUA